UUGACACAGGGCCUCAUUUUAAAAGUCUGGUAACUCCCGAUUUUGGGACAUUUUGGAAUAGCGAAUUCGCAAUACGUUGUCAUCGUUUUCCAAAGUUAAUUUUAUUAACAAAAUGUUUACUUUAUGGACUCUUGUCGAGGCAUCUUUACUGUGCUUAAAUGCAGUGUGCGUGUUACAUGAGGAGCGCUUUCUUGCGAAAUUUGGCUGGGGUGCGCAAGCGGCCAAUAUGCAAGAUUUCGGACAACCUACGGCGAAGGCACAGGUUCUUAACUUGAUCCGCUCAAUUCGUACCGUGGCAAAAAUACCACUUAUAUUCCUCAACAUUCUUGCCAUACUCAUCAAAUUGAUACUUGGAUAGGGGAGAGCUUUACAUUAAUUUUACUACGUACAUCUAAAAUGUUAUAUUAAAUGAAAAAAGUUUUAAUGCAUUGUUGAUUUCCGCUGAAGGACUGAUUUCACACGGUUUUCAAGAGCAAUGCUAUAAGCAUCUAAUUUAUAGGCGGCAGCCUCCAAUUUGUCAACUGUAUCCGAUAUUUCAUCGAUUUGUUUCAUGAGGGGAACCUUGGAGAAUAGAAAUGUUUUCGUUAGAAUAGUUUAAACAUUAAAUUCGUUUACAAAUACCA